AUGGAAGUUGUUGGAAUAUUUGGAUCAGAUGUUCGUUAUUGGCUCGAUGUAAGGAGCAAACCUUUCAUUCUAGAGGCACCUAUGGUAAUGUGCCAUGAAGCACCUGGAACUGUGAUCAAAUGUGGCCCAGAUGAAAAAAGCUUAGAACCUGGUGAUAGAGCUGCCAUUGAACCAGAAGUACCAUCUGGACUAAUUAGAUUAUAUUGCGUGGCAGCCACGAGGGCAUAUGGUGCACAAAAAAUACUCAAUACCGAUGUCAUGGAUUACCGCUUGAAACUAGCCAAGAAAAUGGGUGCUAACUUAUACGCUGAAUACAUUUGA